UUUAAAAUAGGAUAAAAGUAUAAGAAUAUUUAAUAUUUGAUUUGUUUCAAAUUUAAAUACUUUUCGAAGUAAGAUAUAUUCUUAGUAAAUAUAUGAAUUAGUUUUUUUCAUAAUUUAAAACAGAAGUAUAGAAAGGAUGGCGUGUAUUGUUACAUAGUUGGUGGAUCAAACGAUUUAUAUAAUUUAUUUAUAUUGGGUGAAAUGAGUCAUUUAUUAAUUAUGAGACUAAUGAGACAUGUUUAGAGAAUAAUAUAAUAAAGUAUAUGUAGUACAUUAUUUUUGUGUAGCAAAUGGUACAAUCAUCUAAUAUAGGAAAGUAUAUAUGUCGUAUAACUUUGUUCUUGUACAAAAUAAUGUGGUCUAAUAAAUAAAUGUAUUAUUAAAUGUUUGUUAGAGAAAUUUUUGGUUACUUAUUGUUAAUUAAAUAUUAUGGUAAGGCCAAAAAUAUUGUUAGUUAAAGAAAUGGUCCAAACAAUCUUUUUAAGUAGAUUUAUUAAAACUCCUUCCCUUUUAAUAGUAUUAAUAUGCAUUGCACUAGUCCGUUUAUUCAGUUUCCAUCAUAUAUAAAAUGGUUUAUUUUUUGCUCAUUUAUGCGACACUGGAUAAUCUUCACUUUCACGAACACAUUGUCACAAAUUAUACAAAAAUUAUUAUAAAACAUUAAUUAUUAUUAAAUUAUGGAUACACCCAUUUUCCAUUCCUAUUUAAAUUUUCAUAAUUAAUAUAGUGUCAAUUAUUUAAAAGGCACAAAACAGGUUGCCGCCAAAUCUAAAAAUCCAACAUUGUCAAUUAUUUAAAACCGACCAUUUAAAACAAUGAGCUUUGUCAAAAUUUAGGUCACCCGUAAAGACACGUGCCACAAUCACCUUCGUCAGAGAUCUCCCACCGAACCAUCUCUCUAAUGCGUUCAAACUUCAAACCAUUAAUAUGCGAUAUAUAAACAAUACAAAAGCAUUUGUUAUAACGAUUUUUAGUCUCUUCCUCUCUUGUUACAAGAUUCUACUAUGUCUUCAUUUCAUUUUAGUUCUCCUUAUUUUUGUCUCUCGUUCUCGUUCUUCUGCUUGUUCUUGGUUAGCUCGGUUCAAGUUGGCUUGGCUUCUGAACCGAACAUCAGUUUGGGUUCAAAGUUAUUAGCUAGUGAACCGAACCGGGUAUGGGUUUCCGCAAGUGGUACUUUUGCAAUCGGGUUUACUCGGUUUAAACCAACCGACCAGUUCUUACUGAGCAUUUGGUUCGCACAACUUCCCGGUGAUCCAACCAUCGUUUGGUCUCCCAAUAGAAACUCCCCAGUCACAAAAGAAGCAGUCUUGGAGCUAGAUGCAACCGGAAACCUUGUACUCUCCGACCAAACCACCACCAUAUGGGCCUCAAACACCUCAAACCACGGCGUGGAAUCAGCAGUCAUGUCCGAAUCCGGAAACUUCGUCCUCCUUGGGACCCAAGUUACCACCUCUCCAGCCAUUUGGCAGAGCUUUUCACAACCUGCCGACACUCUCCUUCCAAACCAACCCUUAACCGUUUCUCUAGAAUUAACCUCUAACCCUUCACCGUCGCGUCAUGGCCAUUACUCACUAAAAAUGCUUCAGCAACACACUUCGCUUAGCCUAGGUCUAACCUACAACAUCAAUCUUGACCCUCACGCAAACUACUCAUACUGGUCCGGACCAGAGAUUUCGAAUGUCACAGGAGCUGUCACCGCGGUUCUUGACGAUACCGGAAGCUUCAAGAUCGUAUACGGAGAAUCCUCUACAGGAGCAGUGUAUGUCUACAAGAAUCCGGUAGAUGAAAACCGGAACUAUAACAAAAGUAGUAGUAAUCCCCGGUUAACGAAAAACCGGGUUCAGCGGAGGUUGGUAUUAGAGAACAACGGUAACCUCCGGUUAUACCGAUGGGACAACGACAUGAACAGUUCAAGCCAAUGGGUACCUGAAUGGGCGGCUGUGUCAAAUCCAUGUGACAUAGCUGGGAUAUGCGGUAACGGUGUAUGCAACUUGGACCGGACCAAGAAAAACGCUGACUGUUUAUGUCUCCCCGGUUCGGUUAAGCUUCCUGAUCAAGAAAACAAUAAACUCUGUUCAGACAACUCAUCUCUGGUCCAAGAAUGCGAAAGAAAAAUGAACCGUAACAAUACCUUCAAGAUCUCGACGGUCCAAGAGACUAACUACUAUUUCUCUGAUCGUUCUGUUAUCGCCAAUUACAGCGAUAUCGGUAACGUGAGUAAAUGCGGUUCGAUGUGUUUAUCGGAUUGCAAAUGUGUUGCUUCGGUUUACGGUUUAGAUGAUGAGAAGCCUUACUGUUGGAUUCUAAGGAGCCUGAACUUUGGCGGGUUUAAAGAUCCUGGUUCGACACUUUUCGUCAAGACUAGAGCUAAUGAGUCUUAUCCUUUCAAUAAUCACGAUGAUAAGGAUUCUAAAUCACAUAAAAGCCAUGGGUUAAGACAGAAGGUUCUUGUGAUUCCUAUAGUUGUUGGGAUGCUUGUGCUGGUGGCACUACUUGGGAUGUUGUUAUACUACAAUGUAGAUAGGAAGAGAACACUAAAGAAAGCCGUAAAGAACUCGCUGAUCCUUUGUGACUCUCCUGUGAGUUUUACUUACCGUGAUCUUCAGAACGCUACAAAUAGUUUCUCCCAACUUCUUGGAUCAGGUGGAUUUGGGACAGUAUACAAAGGAAGAGUAGCGGGUGAAACGCUGGUUGCAGUGAAGAGAUUAGAUAGAGUAUUAUCUCAUGGAGAGCGAGAGUUUAUCACUGAAGUCAAUACCAUUGGUUCCAUGCAUCACAUGAACCUAGUUCGUUUGUGUGGUUACUGCUCCGAAGACUCACACCGGCUUCUAGUCUAUGAGUUCAUGAUAAAUGGGUCGUUAGACAAAUGGAUAUUCUCUUCAGACCGGACGGGCAGGCUGCUUGAUUGGCGUACACGUUUUGAGAUAGCUGUGGCAACUGCGCAGGGGAUAUCUUAUUUUCAUGAACAGUGUAGAAACAGGAUUAUUCAUUGCGACAUUAAACCCGAGAACAUCUUGUUGGAUGAAAACUUCUGUCCUAAAAUAUCAGAUUUUGGGUUGGCUAAGAUGAUGGGGAGAGAGCAUUCUCAAGUGGUAACAAUGAUUAGAGGGACGAGAGGGUAUCUAGCUCCGGAGUGGGUGAGUAACCGGCCGAUCACAGUGAAGGCUGAUGUGUAUAGCUAUGGAAUGCUUCUUCUUGAGAUUGUUGGUGGUAGGAGAAAUCUUGAUGUGUCCUUCAACGCUGAAGAUUUCUUUUAUCCUGGAUGGGCUUACAAGGAACUAAUGAACGGGACGGCCCUGAAAGUUGUGGAUAGAAGGCUACAAGGAGUAGCAGAGGAAGAGGAAGUGGUGAAAGCUCUUAAAGUGGCGUUUUGGUGCAUACAAGAUGACAUAUCAAUGAGGCCAUCAAUGGGAGAAGUGGUGAAGCUUCUAGAAGGAUCUUCAGACGAGAUAAAUCUGCCUCCAAUGCCGCAAACGAUUUUAGAACUUAUCGAUGAAGGACUGGAGGAUGUGUAUAGAGCGUUGAGGAGAGAGGUUAAUAACCAGCUUAGCUCUUUCACUGUUAAUACCAUGACAACAUCUCAGAGUUAUCUUUCUUCCUCUCGGUCUCAUGCUACUUGUAGUUACUCUUCCAUGUCUCCUAGGUAGUUCUUUUGGCGUUUUGUAGUUUAAAAUUAUUUCUCUUUUUUGUUGGCUAACUAAAAUGUAAUCUUCAUUCUCUUCGGCAUUUUUGUUUGUUUGUUUUGUGUUUGUUUAAUUAAAAAUAAAAUGAUGUUAUGACUUGAUUACUAGUCAUGAGGGAGUUAAAAUGUUGUUAAUGGUCUAAUAUUGAAAACAACAUAACUCACCUCAUACCCAUCAACCACGAAUACACAUUUUCCAGUGAGGUACAUGCCUAGAAUUGUUGUGGAUUUGUUUGGUUAAAAUCAAAGUCUUUUGACGAUUCUAAAGUUGCAUUCUCUCCUAAUGGGUCACUUAUGUGACAAAACUCGAUGAUGGUGCCGAUCUGGUAAUCACUUGAUGAUUAUUUAUGUUCAUGGUUAGAAAAUGGCAUGUAGCCGGUUUUUGUUGGGCACUUGUAAAUGUUAUUUAUGGAUUGUCAAUAACAUAGAUGAUUAUUUACACGUUAUUUAUCAUGGUCCAAGACAUAUGUUUUAAUUUGAAUGUAUGCAUAUCAAUCGUUAGAGGCAAUGAACAAAGUUUGUACUUUUGAUGGAGCAAUAUGUAUUGCGAUUCUAAUAGGUGAAUCAUUAAUAACAAUCGAUUUAUGUGUCCUUAUUUCUAUCAAUGUUCUUAGUAAUCCAUGUUUAGCUUGCACUCUAAUCUGAUUGUCAUGUACUGUAUCCAAAUGUUUUUGUUUUUCUUUUGCAAGGAUGAAAAUAGAAAUUCUUAGACUAGUAAAGCUUCCACAAGAGGUUUCUUCUCAAUUACAAAAGAUGAUAAACUAUUUGGUCAACAUGGAUUUGAGUGUUAAUCUGCCUUUUCACAAGUCACAUCAAAACAUUUUUGAAGUUUAUGACAGAAGUAACCAAUUGAAAUGCUUUUUCAAGAUAUUAUGCAAUGAUCAAGAAGAAUCUACUCAAAAAGAAGUUGAUGUCUACCUGUUGGACCAUCCACCAAACAGCCGCAGAUCAGUAUCUCUAAAAGUUUAUGGAUUUUCUGGAGUUUAUGCCACCGUCUUGGGGAAGUUCACAUGUGUCAAUGAAAUGAUGAUGGGAGUUCUCAUGGACUUUGUGGAGGAUGCGUUUUUGAUUCAUCAGCGUCCUCAUCAGCCAAUAAGCAACAUGAAAAUACAAAAGAAUUUGCUAGUUGAUAUACGAUUUGGAACAAGGAUUACACCAGAGAUAACAUUCUUCUCCGAGUUGAAGACGCGUCAUUCGCAUUUUUUUGCUUUAUGUUUCUUUGUUUUUGCUUAAUGUUUGCUUUGUUUUUUGCUUAAUUAAAUACGUUGAUGUUAGGGAAAAUCGCAUUUUAAACCAUGAAGGUGUAAAAAUGUAGCUUUUUAAACCUUGGUAUUCAAAAACUUACACUUCAAACCCUCAAACCAAUAAUAUUAGCACAUUAAACCUUGAAACUAACUUACUUCUUUACCAAACAAAAAUGUGACUGUUAUUGUUCAUCCAUAAAAAGGUAUGAGGUAUCAGUUUUUUAAUUAAUAAAUAAAAAAGAGAUAAAACUUAAAAAAAAUUAAAAAUAAAAAUAAAUGAAUAAAAUUUUAAAUUUAGAAAUAGAUUAAAAUAAAUUUAAAAUAAAAUUAAAUGAAUAAAAAUCUAAAUUUCUUAAUAAAAUUUAAUGAAUUUUUCUUUUAAAAAAAUUAAAUAAAUUUAAAAACUAAAAAAUUAAUAAACUAAAAGUUAAUUAUAAACUAAAAUUUAAUUAUAAUUUCGAAAAAGUAAAAAUUCAAAAAUAAAGAAUAAGUAAAAAAUUCCAAAAUAUUUUUUUCUAUGCAGUGAUUUCCAAUAUGUUAAUAGUAACUAUUUUUGAAAUAUAACCCUUGGUGUUGGUGGAUUUUGACAUAUCAUCGUUCAAACUCAUCACCAUCAAAGAUGAUAUAUCAGAAAUUACCACCAACGAACCAAAAAUACGGUGAGGAACUAUAAAUAUAUCGGGAAACUGUGAGAUAUGAAAUCACCACCAAAGUGCUACCUUCUUACAUUUUCGUGGUUUCUAGUGACAUUUGUUGAAUUAUUUACUUAUUUUGAAUUUUUUGAUAUUUAAUUAUUUUGAAUUUAUUAUUAAGAUUUAAUUAAUUUAUUAAUUUAUUGAAUUUAUUUUAGAAUAUACUUAUUUUUUAUUUUUUAAAUUUAUUUUAAUUUUAACUUUAACUUUUAUUUAUUUAUUUUUGAUUUUAAAUUAAUUUAUUAAUAAAUUUAAAAUUUUAUUCAUUUAUUUUUGAAGUUUGAUUUUUUGAAGUUUUGUUUCUUGAGUUUUUUUUUGCAUUUAUUUCCGAUUUUAAAUUAACUUUAAUUUUUCUUAUUUAAAUUUUUUUUUAUUCAUUAAUUAAAAAGACAAUUGACACCUUUUAGCUUUUCACAUACAUCUUUUUAGACACGGAUGAACAAUACCAAUCACAUGUUUGCUUGAUAAAGAAAUAAGUUAGUUUCAAAGUUUAAUGUGCUAAUAUAAUUGGUUUUAAAGUAUAAGUUUUUAAACACUAAAGUUCAAAGUGCUAUAUUUUUACACUUUUUUAGUUUAAAAUGAGAUUUUCCCAUUGAUGUUAUUGUUGUGACUAAAGUGCCAGUGAGGUGGAAUAAAAAAAAAAUUCGUUGAAGGUCUAAUGUAUUUUAUGUAGCACAUGAUAUAAGUCGUCGAUUGGACCACUUACCUUGACUUUGUAAUAACUUAUUUGUUCAUAAAAGACUAGGAAAUAUUGUGGCAACAAAAGAAUGAUAAGAAAUGACAGUUGUGACUUGUAAAAUGGUUAAAUAAAUCUGAAGUCCCAUGCUUAGCGAAGGCAAAAGAUACUCUAGCUUCUUUAAUAAAUCAUCCUCUAGCAAUAUCUAACCAGGUCAAAACCGACCUGGCGGUCAAAUUCUAUUUCAUUUUAUAUCAUUAUUUCCGAUUAUAACGGUUUAAAAUUAACAGUUUAACAAAGAAUCUUCAUUGCUAAAAUUUCUAAACUAGAUUUCUAAAUUCAUCAAUAUAUUUUGAGAAAUUUCUUAGGAUAAUUUUUCUUUCCGAAAGAGUCUCCAACAAAAAAAAGAUGACCAAAAAAGUUUUAUUAAAAGAUAAAUAUGUAUAUAUAUUUUUAGGGUUAACUAACAUAUACUUACCGUUUAGAGUUAU